AUGUUUGGCGCCAGGGUUGGGAUGGAAGACUCCACGGUCGUGACAGUAGGUAAAGUCCUCAGCGUCCACGGCACAUCAGGUGGAGUGAGGAUUGAGGUAUUGAGUGAUGUCUCGGACCGCUUCAAUAUCGGGAAAGUAGUCCAAGUCUCAUCCAAGUCAUACCGGAUUACCGGGUCCAAGCCUAUACGCACCAGCCAGAUUAUCCUCAGUCUACAAGGGUUGCAUACCCGAGAAGCGGCCCACCUUCUGGUAGGCGGCUGGAUUACGAUCCCGAUAACGGAAGCUCCCCAACUGUCCAGUUGGGAGUUCUUUUAUUUUCAGUUGCUGGGACUCCAAGUCGUUACCGACGAGGGCGAAGACUUGGGACAUCUGACCGACAUCAUGGAAACGGGCAGCAACGAUGUCUACGUGGUGACUGGUCAAGGCAGGGAAUUGUUGAUUCCGGCUUUGUCCGACGUGGUCAAAGAAAUCAAAUUGGACCAAGGGGUCAUGGUAGUACAUCUGCUGGAUGGGUUGCGUUAA